AUGAACGAGAAGAAGACAAAGAAGAAGAAAAAUGAAAUUCCUUUAUCGCCAAAGACGAGUUCGUCGAGAGCGAGAGAGGCGCGACGAGCGACGACGAUGGAAGCUUUCGGAGGAGGAGGAGGAGAGAAAGAAGAGAAAGAAGAAAACGGUUGGGGGUCGAGACAAGGAAAAAGCGAAUCCCCGGUAUCUCCGCCGCAAGGUCGCGUGUCUUCGAUGAGAGCGUCUUCGUGCGAUAGCCUGGGUGUCAUGUUUGCGGAGCAAAUGAAGACGACGAUGAAUACGACGACUACGACGAGUUGCAGUAAUACCAACCACCCAGCCGUCAAAAAUGUUAAAUCCACUUUAUUGGAACAAGAAGAAGACGAGGAAGACAAGAAAAGCAGCGAAAACAAGAAUACUACUAUUAAUACUACGAAUCAUCAUCAACAUCAUCAUCAUCGACAACAAAACGAUCGAAACUCACGAAACUCGGAAAUAUUCGGAAACACGGACCAGAUUCCGUACGAAAAAGCGACCGUUCUCACGAAACUACAGAAAUGGGGCGAUUACGAGUCCUGUGGCGAGAACGUCGGAAAGACAAAGUUCGUACCGAUGAAGACCCCGUUGUCGCUAGAGUUCUUGGAGCAGAUGGAGAAGUACGCGCAUAUUUUAACAGUGGAGAAGAUGUUAUACGAACAACGAGAGACGAAACAGAGAGAGGUUACCAUGAUCAUUGAUUUGAGCAAUCACGAGUGUUUGUACGAAGAGGACAUACCGAAAGAGGUACAUCGAGUACACGUCAGGAACAUAGCAAAAUCGAUACCGAACAUCGAAUGUUGCUCGAAAGUGAUGAGAGAAGCGACGAAGCAUUGGAAAAAACAUCCGGAACAGUAUAUUGCUAUUCAUUGUGCGUAUGGUUUCAAUCGAACGGGGUUUAUCGUGUGUAGUUAUCUCAUCGAGAAGGAGAACAUGACCGCGGAGGAGGCGUUGGAAGCGUUUGCGAUCGCGAGACCUCCCGGGGUGAAGCACGAGAGAUUUCAAUUGGCUUUGAAAGCGAGGUAUCCCACAAGAGGGUGUAAACCAAAAGUUACUGAAUACGACGGCGAUGAAGACGACGAUAAGAAUGAAAACGGAUUGGUGAAGAACGAAACGGUAGAAGGAGUAAACGCGGUGCUUCGAAUCAACAAGAACAACGGCUUUGCAGCAGGAAGCGGAGAGAAGCAAAAGAAGAAAGAAACGCUCGUGCGAAAACUGUUCAGUUUGAUUAGGAUGAGAAGAAAGUCCAGCAGCGAUCCCUGA